UGGACGAGUCACAUGAUACAAACAUGGCGGUCUAAUCAGCUGAUAUCAGAAUAAGGAAAUGAGAAGUUCCGAGGAGGUCGUCAUGUGCACAUCGUGCACAUCACACAUCCUGUAGCGGUUCUUCUGCAUAGACAGUCUUCUACACUAGGGCAACAUGGGCAUGAAAGACGACGAAGUGGAGCUAUUUCUCAGAAGCCCCCACAGUUCCAACAGAUUGUCAAGAAAAUGGUACUUUCUUGUGGGGGUUAUCGUGGGGUUGAUAACAUCGUUUUGUGCAUUUGUCGGAGUCUAUUUAGUGUUCUUUCACCAAGUCAGUGGUCAGUUUCAAGGUUGCAGCGGUCAAGAUCACAACUCCGUUAUCAAGACUCCCCCCAUAGCUGUAAGAACAAGCCAGUGUGAUAUCUCUAAAGGUUCUGACCGUUCGGACUGUUGGCCUGAGUACCGAGAUGCCACCCAGUCCACUUGUGAGGCCCGGGGGUGCUGCUGGAACACGGAUGUGGAGCAAGGGGCACCCUACUGCUACUACCCUGGCUACUUUAACCGCAGCUAUAUGCUCAUGUACUCACAGAAAACCAGUACUGGGGUCAUUGGACACUUGGCACGGACAACAAACUCCCCUUAUCCCAAUGACUCCAUGCAACUACUGUUAGAGAUAUCAGCUGAAACGUAUGAUAGACUACGCAUUAAGAUCUAUGAUACAACCACUUCAAGAUACGAGGUUCCCAUUGAAACACAAAAGGAAGAGAGUGGUGGAGGGUCAGAUACAGAUUUUGACAUCAAGCUGGCCAGGAACCCCUUUGGGAUAAUCAUCAGACGGUUGUCAACAGGACAAAUAUUGUUUGACUCAACUGGCGUGUCCCCAUUGAUAUUUGCUGACCAGUACCUUCAGAUCGGGACUGCACUGACCACCUCCAAUGUGUAUGGCUUUGGAGAACACCGGUCAGGCUUCAAACUGGACACAAACUGGAAGAAAAUGGUGUUCUGGAACCGAGAUCAACCCCCAGAGCCAAACUUGAACCUGUAUGGGGCCCAUCCUUUUUACCUGAACAUGGACGAGCAGCACAAUGCACAUGGGGUGUUCCUACUGAACAGUAACGCUAUGGAGGUUGACUUCCAACCAUUUAAUGGCACUGGUGCAGUGACCUACCGAGCUUUGGGUGGUAUUCUUGACUUCUACAUCUUCAUUGGGCCGACGCCAGACAUGGUCGUGCAGCAGUACACCAACCUGGUGGGGAGGCCGUUUCUGCCGCCAUUUUGGUCACUCGGCUUCCAUAUGUGCAAAUAUGGCUACAACAAUGCUGCAGAAUUAAAGAAAGUGAUUGCAAGGAACAGAGCUGCAAAAAUGCCAUAUGAUGUCCAGUGGAACGACAUCGACUACAUGACAGCUCAUCUUGACUGGACAUAUGACAACACGACAUACCCUGAUCUGCCAGACAUUGUAGCAGACCUGCACAAAAACAACCAGCGAUAUGUCAUCAUUGUGGAUCCUGGUAUCUCUGUGACCCAGCAGCCAGGAACCUACCCCCCGUACGAUGAAGGGAUUGAGGAUGAUAUUUUCAUCAAAGCUGACAAUGGAUCAAAUCUCAUUGGCAAGGUGUGGCCAGGUAUGACUGUGUUCCCGGACUUCUUCCAUCCCAACAGUUCGGAAUGGUGGUUCCGACAAGCAAAGGCGUACUAUGACCAGGUUCCCUAUGACGGUCUCUGGGUGGACAUGAAUGAGCCGUCGAACUUCGUGACUGGAUCCAUCACAGGCUGCACCAGCAACUCCCUCGACAACCCCCCCUUUGUGCCCCCCACUAUCGAUGGGUCGAGCCUGAUGGCAUCGACUGUGUGUCCAUCCGCCAGACAAAGCAUCUCCACCCACUACAACCUGCACAACAUGUACGGACUCAGCGAGAUGAAGGUGACCAGCAGUGUGUUGAAGAAGUUACUGAACAAGCGUAGUUUUGUGUUGUCUCGGUCAACAUUCCCCAGCGCUGGUGUGUACGGCACCCAUUGGCUGGGAGACAACCUCUCUAGUUGGGAUGACCUAUACUACUCCAUCCCAGGUAUUUUGAAUUUCCAAAUGUUUGGAAUCCCAUUUGUUGGCGUUGACAUCUGUGGUUUCCGUGAAGACACUACUGCUGAGCUGUGUACUCGGUGGAUGCAGGUUGGAGCUUUCUACCCCUUCAUGCGGAACCACAACAGCGGGAAGAUGGACCAGGAUCCUGCAUCGUUUGACUCCCGCACUCAGGACAUCAUGAGGUCGGUGUUGGAGACCAGGUACCGCCUGCUGCCCUUCCUCUACACCCUCCUCUACCGUAGCCACGCCAACUGGGGGCCCUGUGGCCCGCCCAUUGUUCUUCCAGAAAGCCAUGAAAGGUACCCUGAGGCUGGGGCUGAGGCUGUAGACAGACAGUUCCUGUGGGGGUCAGCCCUACUCAUCUCACCAGUGUUGGAACAGGGAGCAGUGACAGUGAAGGCCUACAUUCCAGGUGAUGUAUGGUAUGACUACUACAACAGGUCCAGAGUGUCCACUGUUGGUCAGUAUGUCCAGCUGGACGCCCCUAUUGACAAGAUCAACCUACACAUACGAGGAGGGUCCGUGAUCCCCACCAAGCCUGCUGCAGUCACCACCAACCAGAUGCGUGGAGAGAUGUUUGCUCUGUUAGUUGCCCUUGACAACAAUGGUACAGCAUCUGGUGAAGUCUUCUGGGAUGAUGGUGAUAGUAUAGACACAGUUGAAAACAAUCUGUACAGUCUGGUGUCCUUCUCAGUGCAUUCUAACACCCUGAGUAACAAAGUGUUGGCCUCCAACUACAAGAAAGGUGCGGAGAUGUCCCUCAGUGAGGUCACAGUGAUGGGUGUUUCAGCCAGCCCUGACUCCGUCACAGUCAAUGGGAAGGGAGCUGCAUUCGAAUAUGAUAAAAAGUCAAAAGUUCUCAUCAUAUCAGGCCUGGCUGUUGACUUGCUUCAAGGCCUGAAAAUCAAGUGGUGAAACCAACAUGCUACAUUCCUUAUUACAUCCCUCUAAAAUAUUGAUAUUGACAAGUUGUUGGUGAAAUUUACCUUAUGAAUCACGUAAACAGAUUGCUAUCUACUUGACCUGCAUAAUUCUCAAAGCUUGUCUUUGUGCUUCAAGUGAUUAGGUCUUCGCUGAUAUUAUUUUCCACUGUUGAUUGUAUAUAUGAAUGCUGUGAUCUUAUGCUCAGAAAUACUGUAACUCGAACAAUCUUAUACAUCUGUUACAGCCUUAGAAGUUCUAUCAAUGGUUGAAAUUAGAGAAUGUAAUCUGAUUUUAGCAGUUUUAGGUAUCUUCUAAUUUGUUAUGGGAAACAACAUUCCAAAAUUUGAUAUUUGUUGCCUUGUAUAUGUUGAACAAUGGAAAUCUUUAACUCACUGCCUGAUUGCUGAAAGAAAUUGUGUUACAAUGUAUAUGAUUUGCAUCUCAAAGACAACUGAGUCUGUUAGAAAGGCUCUCCUGUAUCAUUAGUGAUGUGUAAUGAUCUACGUAGGUAGGGAUCUCCGUCGGUGCACAGAGGUUAUGUAAAUGUGUGUUUACAGAAUGAGAAAACUCCCACAAUGAGGCCAGGUAACAUAACUGUUCAAACAAGUUGUCAGGUUGUUUUUUUUUAAAUUUGAACCUGUGAGAUAUCUGUGCAUCCACAAUUACCUCAAAACUAAAAUGAUAUCAUUUAAGCUUCCCAAGACUACUUCUUGGACCUAAGGAAGUCCUAAGAUACUGUUCAGGGUCGUGUUGAGAUGAGACAGCUACAAUUGUCCUGAGUCAGCGUUGUAGUUGGGAGUUACGAUCAUCUGAACACCAACAUCAUUUCAUGGAAUGGGCGCCAUGUGACAUAGUGGGAUGGUCAUUUUAACUUCAGCUCGUGAGCGAAGCAUUGUGUGACUCUAUGGCGAACUGGAACAGGGUACUUCCGUUUUAGUGGCAAAACUAUGCAACGAAUAUACCAAGCUGCCAAAAUACAACUUUGCUUUUCAUUGCUUGUUACGUCGGUCUCCUAAGACAUGGAUAGCAUUAUCAGUAGUCAAAGAAAUAUGUGAAUAUGUUUCGUGAGAUGAACCAUUUUUUUUGUCUGUUAUUGGUAAUGACAAACAAUUUCACUUGUCAAAUCUUGGGUAGUAGUACAUUUUGAUUCAAGGUGGUUAGCAGCAGGCAAAGGAUUAGCUAUGCACUGAACCGUAAAAUUUGUUGUUUUAAGCUGUACAAGUUUCGGUACGUAGUUCUAGGAAAACACAAUGUCAAUACAUAGUACAUGCAACCAAUGAAUGUGUUCCGCUGCUUCAAGAAGUAGGAUUAUGUCACAUUCCUGUAGCUAUUGGUAACAAACACAUGUAACAGACACAAUAUGCCCUUGUCUUUCACUGAUGAAGCCAGCAUUGCAACUAGAAGAACCCAACAAGUAUACAGAGCUGACUAUUGACAUCCUUGAGGUGACAAGUCAUCUUUGAUAACUACUUUCAGUAUUACUGUAUCAGUGUAUCAGUGCUCUAACAUAUGAAAUUCUUUCUUCGGGAGUAGCCAAACAUUUGUUUUGGUCCAACAACAAAGUAGGCUAGUGAUUUUUUUUUUAGUGAAAGGAUUGUCCAAAAUAUAUUUGUCUGUCAAUUGAGGGGAACUAAAUAUAAAGUUAGAAAUGGAAAGAUUUUCUUCUGUUUUCAAAAUUUGAAUGGGAUGUUUUCAAAUACAAACUCACAAAAUGACUCAUGUGAAGAUAUAGAUAAAUUCCUGAACGUCAACUUGUUACCAGAGCCAUGUAGUAUAGUGUGGAGAACAGAGGUUUCAAAUGACAAUAGAACAGUUACGGGACAGUUACUGGAUGGAAUUAUUUAACAUGGUAUAGGUGAUCUAUUUUCACAUACCACAAUCUGUCUGAUUAUAAACAUAUCAAGGCUUUUAUGUUGCAUAAUUUCUGCUAAUGUUCCCUUUUAGGUCACAUUCCAUGCAUUUAAUCAUCUUUGAGCACAGGGUAUCAUAUUUUAUCUACUACCCAUGCUUAAUUUCACCUUAUGCAGAUUUAUGAAGAUAUUAUUUAGUGAGUGGUGGAUGGCCAUCAAUGUACAGUAUUCCCCCAACACUAUGACAGAAAGGGUUCUUCCUCCCAUCCAUUUAGAUAUGUAUAAAAUUUGCUUCAGAAUUUGUUUGCACACCUGUUGUCACAAAAACUAGUGCUGUAUGGAAAUGGCUAUAGUUCAAGACUAGUAUGCAAACGUGACAUUCAAAGACAGUAGUAUCUGAAUUACUGAAGUAUUUUAUCCGUUCUUCUUUCCCUGAUCUCAUGGUGGAUAUGUUAUCUUCUACGUAUAGGAUAGCAAUGUCUGCAUCAUAAUACUGUCUACAAAUGGAUCCUGAUUGAAUAACUAUUUGUGUGGAGGUGCAACUGUAUGUAUACUGACUGACUGAGUUUGGUUUUACGCCGCUUUCAGCAAUAUUCCGGCAACAUCACGUCGGGGGACACCAGAAAUGGGCUUCACACAUUGUACCCAUGUGGGGAUUCGAACCCGGGUCUCUUUGGCAUGACGAGCCAACGCUUUAACCACUAGGCUACCCCACCGCCCCUGUAUGUAUACAGUGUUUGAACUAUAGAAAACUGGCAGACUGCCAUCAGGACCCAAAGACUAAGAAGCUUCAGGCCUGGACUAAACUCUUCAGACUCAUAAAAAAACAACAACUUCAGUUUAAUGUAACAAAUAAAUUUACUGUAGGCCACGAGGACCUAUAAAAAUUUGAGGGGCAGUGGGGUAGCCUAGUGGUUGAGGCAUUCUCUCAUCACGCUGAAGACCCGGGUUUGAUUCCCAACAUGGGUACAAUGCACGAAGCCCAUUUGUGGUGUCCCCUGCCGUGAUAUUGCUGGAAUAUUGCCAAAAAGCGGCCUAAAACUAAACUCACUAUAAAAAAAAUUCAAAUACAGGCCUGAUAUGAGAUCUACCUGCCACAGCCUUUGUGCAGGUGCUUAUUACAAACACUUCUAAUAUGCUUGCCUCAUGUAUGAGCACUCAAAAUAACAUGCUGCUUUUUGACUGAUGCAAUAUGAUUUAUGAUUGUAUUUGUUUUUGAUGUUUUACACUGCUUUUUAUUAAACUUUACUUUUGUAGUUUGUUCAGCAUUGCGAAACAGUAUAUAUAUAUAUAGUCUUUCAACAGCAUUUAUAACUGAUACGCAUUAAAGGUGAGAAUUCAUGGAUGUCAAAUUAUCAUGAGAAACACAUUUCGGAGUAUAUUCUUACUACUUCACCUGAUGAAGUUGACAUCCAUAAAUUCUCUCCUUGAAAGUAUAUAUAUGAUGAUUUUUGUACUUGUGUGUUGGCUUGAUUAUGUAUAUGGUCUGAAUAAAGUACUGCAUAUCAUC